CGCAUCGGACUUAAGAUUGUGCGGUGCACAAAUAUUUAGCGCCACAUAUGCAUACUUUGUGCAGCAAGCUAACGACAGCUUCAUGUCUGAUUGCUCGUUGGUGUCCAGAGAAAGAAUUUCAACUGAACCACAACGCCUUGCAGAAAAGAGUCAAGAUGUCGGGCAAAUACGCGUUCUCGCAGACGCUGAAGGAGGUGCGGUUUCUGUUCUGCCAGACUGGAGAACACAGUGGUGCUACAAGAUCAUUCCUUGCACGCGCCUACCCAACCAUGAAGAAGAACAAUCCACACACACCGAUUAUGCUCCGAGAAGCAGCUGGUACACAACCGAGGGUGUAUGCAAGAUAUGAGUUCGGAAAGGAGAAGAGCGAGUCAUUAUCAGGAUUGUCAGACAAGGAGAUAGAAGAGAGAGUCACAGGAUUGGUGAAGUCUGGAAUAUGAUACCUCACCGGUGACUGAGGACGCAGUGUAC